AUGUCCCUAUCCGUUACGCCUCAAUACUCAGCUGUCGCAAACGAUACACUCGAUUAUCUUCCCACAAUUGUUGCGCAUGAGGGCUAUUAUGAAGUAGCCCAGCUCUUGAUGGUUGCCCUAUCAGCGUCCGAUGUCAGCUCAUUGCUCGUAGCUCUUCACAUUCAGCCCUCGACUUCACUUUGCCAGCGUUAUCGUCGAUUUCUUCAUCCAAUAAGGGACAUAGAUCCCACGAUGCGGAUCUUUGAUACUUGGAUACGAGAAAAAUGCCAGAUCCUCCUCCUGGGUCAUGAUUGCAGAUUAUUGAUGCAACGCAUCAUGGACCCAGAAGCAUACUACGCAGAAGGUAGUUGCACCCGUGAUCCGUUGGAGAUAUGGGUCGUAGCAUUACCGCCCAAUUCUCAAAGGAUUGCUAAGCGAGCCUCAAGAUUGCUUCGCGUUUUUCACAGGACUAGCAACCGCGCAAGACGCACAAGAGCCUUUUCCAAGUUUCGUGAUAUCAUCGACCAAGGACUUAUUCUCAAACAGUAUCUCGAUGGCCAAGAUUUAAAACUGUGCGAGGACCGACCCAUUGUAUACGAAAAUAUACAUGGACAAAGUGUCCAUGUUAAAGCAUUCGAUCUGUUGCUGUCGACUACAAUGAAUUACGAUCAAGAAAAUUUUGUUGUUGGACUCCACUACGCAGGCUUAGAGUUUCGCUUGGCGUGGGAUAUAAGGGCCUCUAAAUCAGCCAGACAUUGGAAGGCAGCCGACGGCCUUCCAUAUAUAGAUACUGCCAACCCAUAUCAUCUUGGGAGGGGAGCGACUAUUGAUUUGAAUGAACGUGAACGCCCAAAUGCAGGAACACUUGCCUUCUUCCCUUACUCACCCCGUUGUUGUCGGGAAUCUAUCCUGUCUAUUCCCAUCAAGCAGGUUCCGUGA